CCGGAAGUCGCGACUGGCGGUUAAAGUGAAAAUCAGAUAACGUUGUGAUAAUGGCUGCGGGUCGAGGGGAGUUUUUCCGCAGCGUCUUGGAGGGUUUGCACCGGCAGCCAAUCCAGCCAGCUCCAGGUAGACCACCGCCGGUUCGUGGUAGAGGAAAGCCGGGUCCGGGCGGAGGACAGGCGGGCGGCAGAGGAAAGAAAAGACGGCCAAAGGCAGCACGGAGCCCGGUCAGCGGGGAUGGUUACAGCUGCCCAGAACGGAGAAGAGAGAAAAAGAAAGCGGAUUUUCCCGAAAUUAAAACUCCUCCAUCCAAGGACAAUUUAGUGGAAAGGCUGCCGUCUGAGAUCCUGAUUAAAAUUCUGUCAUAUCUUGAUGCUUCCUCGCUGUUCUGCAUCGGCCAUGUCAGCAAACUCUUCUACCAGCUCGCCAAUGAUGAUGUCAUGUGGCAUAAGAUGUACAUGUCAGAGUUUGGGAGAGAGAUGUGGAAGCCAAAGUCGGUGGAUGAUAAAGCGAUGAAAGAGGAGGUGGAGGAUCGGUCUGCGGGCCACUGGAAGAAGAUGUAUUUCAGGACUGUGGCUGGACAAGAGCUUAACAAGUGGAGGAGAGAGCUGAGAGAAAUCAGCCCAUACACUGGGCUGCCCAGGCAGACAGAGUGGGUCCUCAGGAACCUGAAUGUGACCUGGGAGCUGACAGUGUGUAACUCCUGGGGACAGGAGAGCACGCUGGAGCCGAGUCGAGCGUAUUUCUUUGAGUCGUCGGUGAUCAUCCGCUGGAGCGGAGGCAUCUUCAUCAGCUACCAUCACAUCAGCAACAUCCAACUGCACGGAGUCAGGAAGGAGACGCCCAAUACCCCCAAAGUCAGGAAGCCUGACUGGCGAUCCCUGAUUUUAAAACUGGACAUGAAGACUCAGCCCAGUCGCUUCAUCAGCAAAGACAGACUGAUCAAACUGAUGCAUCUGUCACCGGGCGUCAUGAUUGGAAUCUGGAGGGGUCAGAGCAAUGUUGCCUUCAUCAUGGUCAGUCUGCACUUCCACAAACUGGUGGAGAAGAGUCUGCUGGGAUCUCCAGUCUGCCCAUACCCUGAACCCGUGGACCGACCUCUUGCGGAUAAUUUGGACCCUGAGUUUGGUCUGCAUGGCUACACGCUGCACUUUGUCCUGCACAACACCGGCACUGAGAUCAUGUCAGGGCACUUUCGCAAGCUCUUCUGUCGCACAGUUCAGAUACAGCAUGGACUGGUGGAGUUGAGGGUCAUCGACAGGACCAAUUUGUCUCAGCAUAGAUCACUGUCUGGAAAUGUCAAACUGCCUUGGAAGAGUCAGAUGCUGGAGGGCUCAGUAGAGAACUGUUGCAUCAUGACACUGACUCUGCUGGACGAGUUCCAGAAACCCUUCUGGUGCGUCAGCUCAGCUAUUUGCAUCACAAAGGCAAGGAGGCAGCUGUCCUUCGACUAUGGCGGCGAGCACUUUUUGAUGGAGUACCGGGACGCAGACGGUAAGGUGAGGAUGAAGCUGGUCUGGUUGACGGAGGAGAAGCAGUUUUUCCUCAUCAGCCUCACCGUCUACAUUUCUGUCACCAAAGUCAACAAGCACUUCAGCACAGAGUACUGAUGCCCGAGCGGACCGCUUAGAGUUUUGGUUUAUGAUUUUUACAUUCUGAUUUCCAGUGUUUAAUCAGUUGUUCAUAAAAUGUGUCUUUUCUGUUUUUGUUAAUGCAUAUAUUAAACUAAAAUGAGUCUCAAGCCCAAGCUGUUUAAGCUUUAUUUGUCAUGACCAAAGAGUUUGGACUGUUUUCAUUAGAAAAAAAAUCAGUUUAGAUGAGAAGUUCCUGAACUUUAUCUGCAUUUUGUUUGUAGUACAGGCAGUGUUGUUUUCACUUGAAUAACAUUUCAGUAGAAGUUAAUGUUAAAGUUAAUUUUGAAUUGAGCAUCUACUGAGUAUGUAUUAAUUUCAAUCAGUUAUUGUAGUGUGAA